CUGUUGGAUUUAUCUCGAAAUAGUUUCACUGGAGUGAUUCCAAAGUCUCUAGAAGCACUCUCAUAUCUCAAGCAUCUGAAUCUGUCUUUCAACAGACUCCAAGGAGAAAUUCCAAGCGGCGGUCCUUUCAAAAACUUCUCUGCUGAAUCAUUUGUUUCAAACCAUGGACUCUCUGGUGGAUCCCAAUUUCAAGUUCCACCAUGCAAAAGAAAAACUAGCAUAUCUAUCUUGAAGUAUGUUAUUCCGGGGAUCUUGUCAGCAAUGCUUCUAGCGGCCUCCAUAUUUUGAAUGUUGAUGUUACGCAGAAAAAAGAAUGCAACAACUGCAGCACAUAUUAUCUUGAUGCCUCAAGUUUUACGCAGAAGGGUUUCAUACCAAGAGCUCCUAUGUGCGACAGAUGGAUUCAAUGAAAGCAACUUACUUGGUAUUGGGGCUUUUGGCUCGGUAUAUAAAGGAACAUUUCCAGAUGAGAUAGAUGUUGCAAUAAAGGUUUUCAAUUUGGAUUUAGAAGGGGCAUUUGCAAGUUUUGAGGUUGAAUGUGAAAUGCUAAGUAAUGUUCAUCACAGAAAUCUUGUCAAAGUCAUCAGUUGUUGUAGUCAAAUUGAUUUCAAAGGUCUUGUAUUGAAUUACAUGCCUAAUGGGAGCCUUGAGAAGUGGUUGUAUUCUCAAAAUUCUUCUUUAGACUUAGUGCAGAGGUUGGAUAUAAUGAUAGAUGUUACAUCGGCAUUGGAGUACCUUCACCAUGAUUAUGAAGUACCUAUUGUCCAUUGCGAUUUGAAGCCGAGCAACAUCUUACUAGAUGAUGAUAUGGUUGCACAUGUUGCUGAUUUUGGUAUUGCAAAACUCUUGGGUGGAGGAGAUUCUAUGACUCAAACCAUGACCCUGGCCACAAUUGGGUAUAUUGCUCCAGAGUAUGGAAUGGAAGGAAUAGUGACCAGAAGAGGGGAUGUGUAUAGCUUCGGUAUUGUAGUGAUGGAAACAUUUACAAGAAGGAAACCAACUGAUGAGAUCUUCAUUGGGGAAAUGAGAUUAAGUCAAUGGGUUGCAAAUCACCUAGUUGCAAAUGCGAUAGUUGAUGUUGUGGAUGCUACUUUACUUGGAACCGAGGAGGAUCAUGAGUUUGUGAGCAAGAGGGAGUGCUUAUCAUCUAUUAUGAGAUUAGCUGUUGCUUGCUCAGCAGAAUCACCAGAAGAGAGGAUAAACAUGCAAGAGGCUGUAGCCAUGCUUAAAACAAUCAAGAUCAAGUUUUCAAAGCAAACUGCAGCAGGUGUGGUGUUGAACUGUCAUCCUGCUUGGUAACCCUUUAAUGUGUCGAUAUAUCUUGGCUUGCCAUUUGAUUCUGUACCUAAUUAUGUAAUUGUAUGAUAGUAUGGUUCGGACUCAUGUUUGGUUGGUAAGUUGCUCCUUUGCAUUCAAAAAUAACUUCCAUCUAGCUCCUUGCAGUUUUGUAGUUUCUGUGUUUUUCUGCUUUGAGGCUAGCUGCUUAAAUAAACAAAAGCACUACUAUUUUCUCAAAUUUUUUUUAUCUUUAAGUUGUCAAAGUAGUCAUCAUGGUACAAUAUAAAACUAAUCUUGAAUCCUUUGAAGUUUCCUGGUGGAGGAAUGCAUGCACCUAAGUUGAAUGAGAUGAAAAUGUAUGUAUGUACAAAACUGAGUUCACUUCAAGAGCAGAUGCACAUCCUUCUCU